CCUUGUGAAGCUGAGCUUCAGGAAUUGAUGGAACAAAUCGACAUCAUGGUAAGCAACAAGAAGCUGGACUGGGAAAGGAAGAUGCGGGCUUUAGAGACGCGCUUAGACCUUCGGGAUCAAGAGUUGGCCAACGCACAGACUUGCUUGGACCAGAAAGGCCAGGAGGUGGGGUUACUUCGCCAGAAGCUGGACAGUCUAGAAAAAUGUAAUCUAGUCAUGACUCAGAACUAUGAGGGGCAGCUACAGACCCUGAAAGCCCAAUUUUCUAAGCUAACCAAUAACUUCGAAAAGCUGAGAUUACACCAAAUGAAGCAAAACCAAAUUCACCGAAAGGAACCCUCCAACAAAGAAGAAAUGCCCUUUGAGCUGAGCAGUUUGAACCAGAAACUAGAGGAGUUCAGAGCAAAGUCGAGGGAGUGGGACAAGCAGGAGAUCCUCUAUCAGACCCACCUGGUGUCCCUGGACGCUCAGCAGAAGUUACUAUCUGAAAAGUGCAAUCAGUUUCAGAAACAGGCACAAAAUUACCAAACUCAGCUAAAUGGGAAAAAGCAGUGCCCAGAGGACAGUGGCCCUGAGAUCCCUCGCCUGGUGUGUGAGUCGGAUCCUGGCUGUGAAGCCACCCAAAGAGAUGAGUUCAUUAUCGAAAAGUUAAAGUCGGCCGUGAGUGAAAUAGCGCUGAGCAGGAACAAGUUACAGGAUGAAAACCAGAAGCUCCUGCAAGAACUGAAGAUGUACCAGAGGCAGUGCCAGGCCAUGGAAGCAGGACUGUCAGAGGUGAAGAAUGAGUUACAAUCACGAGAUGAUCUCCUGAGGAUUAUAGAAAUGGAAAGACUGCACUUGCAUAGGGAACUGCUGAAAAUGGGAGAAUUGCAGACUGCUCAAGAUAACAGGAAAAGAGUUGAGUCAUCAUAUUCCCCUUCUACUAAAGAAACAGAAAGGAAAAGGAAGGAGUUGUUUCCAAUGGUCUCAGAUCACCCCAAUCAUGAAAAGGAAUUGAACAAGAUGAGAAGCCAGCUCUAUCAGGAGGAAGGCCUGUGCUCCGAACAGGAGCGGAUGAGGAAUGAGAUCUCCGAACUCACCCAGGAACUUCAUCAGAAGGAAGUCACUAUAGCAACUGUCAUGAAGAAAGCUGCCCUUCUGGAAAGACAGCUAAAGAUAGAAUUAGAAAUAAAAGAAAAAAUGUUAGCAAAGCAACAGGUCUCAGAUAGAAGAUUCAAAGCUGUCAGAACAGAAAACACACACCUGAAGGGAAUGAUGGGCGAUUUAGACCCUGCACGGUACUUGACUGUGGACUUUAGUAACAAGGAGCACUCGAGGUACACAUCAAUUAACAAGCUCGAAUACGAGAACGAGCGGCUCCGAAGCGACCUCGCCAAGCUCCACAUCAGUGGAAAGGCAGCGUGGGCCAAUCAGAGCACCUACGACGAAGCAGGGGCAUACGUCUACCAGAGCCAGCUGAAAACGGAGACCAAUGGAGACAGAAUUAGCCAAGACUGUGAGCUGAACAGAAGCCCGACACCCUUGUCACCUUUACCAUUUCAGACCAAAGAAAUGGCAAGCCCAUUGGCUGGUGACAAUGAAGUCCUCCCUCUGUCUCCUCCAGAUCUGUCCCUCCGGGCUUCCCUAGCUGCACAGCACUUCCUGAUGGAGGAAGAGAAGCGGGCGAAGGAGCUUGAGAAGCUGCUCAACACACACAUCGACGAGCUGCAGAGACACACCGAGUUCACGCUUAACAAAUACACCAGACUCAAGCAGAGCAGACACGUGUGAGCGUCGCGCCUUUCCUGUGUGCUUCCUCUCCACGAGAAAAAGAAAGGCUUCCGAGAAACACUUACAAAGCGGACUCAUAAAACCGAGAAAUCCGGUUUAGUCUCCACAAGUAAAUCACUUCUAGAACGCAGCUAGAAAAUAGGAUUUUGUUCCAUAAAGCUGCUUCUGUUUCUGCAUUUCACAUACUAAUUGUUCUGUUAGGAUAGCAUAAACAUGAAUAGCCCCAAAGAGUGUCUUUCCUGUUUAAGGAACGGUUUGGGAUUAUAACUGAAUUAUUUCUGACUUUAAUCAUGUAUGCCAAGGCCCCAUUUCCUGUGUAACGGGCAGCAAGGAAAGGAAGUGCUCAGCUCCAAAAUGUGAGGAAGCUGAGCAUAGCCACUCUGUGCUGGGCACAAAACCCAAGGACUUCUAAAGUGAAAGGACUGUGUAGACACCUAAGAUUUGUUUCAGAAGUAAACAGAUAUGUCUUUGCUGCUUUUAUAGUCACUUUUGUGGUAUUCUGCCUUAACACCAAGGACUUUGAAUGUGCAGUGUGCACAGUAGAAGGCACUGUGCCAGAGCCAUGCUGCCACUACGACACAGCAAAUGCAGGGCAUCAUGUUGCCUCCGUCUCCUUUGUAAUCACCACUGUU